CGCAAUCUCAGAGUACACCUUCGCAUUUUACAGCUGACAUGACAAUCAAUUUGUUUAUUUCAGCUGGCAACACUUUUAGUUAAGUGUCAAAAAAGUCGAAGAAGUUCAAUAUUCUAAAGAUGCUCACCUCUUCCCUUGUCGCUGGCCUGCGGGCGGCCCGUAGCUCCGUGGUGUUCAGCCGCAACCUGGCGGCCGCGCCCACCGCCUCCGACCCCAUCCAGCAGCUGUUCUUGGACAAAAUCAGGGAAUACAAGCAGAAGAGCGCUGGUGGCAAGCUGGUAGACCCUUCACCCGAGAUUGAGAAGGAGCUUAAAGCUGAGCGUGAGAAGCUCGAGAAGCAGUUUGGAGGCGGCAGCGGUGUGGACAUGACUGCCUUCCCCACAUUCAAGUUUGAAGAGCCCAAGCUGGACCCCAUCGACGAACAGGCCGCCAAGAAGUGAAGAACUUUAGAUUUACAAAUUAAUUUAAUGUCAAAAGUACUUUCCAACAAGAAAUCAGCAUCUAGAAUGUAAAAUAAACUGUCACAGUGCAAUCAGUGUGAAUAAAGUUUUGUUAGGAUA